AUGAAUAAAGCUUUUGGCGAUACAGCACUGAAACGUUGCGCUAUAUUGACGGCAACACCGGAUGUUGUUUUCAAAGAUCUAACAGAGCUAAAUCUACGAUUCAUUUUGGUGGCAUCAGACGGCUUCUGGGAUGUUAUCAGUAAUGAUGAUGCAGUAAGAAUAGCAGAUUCUUUUUUACGAAAUACACCACAUUUAAGAUGGCAAAGUUAUAUUGCUUUUUCACAACGAAAAAAAAAAAAGAAAGAAAUAUCUAUUUGA